AUGGAUAAAAACAAAAAAGUUCACUCACGUUUCAGAAGCGUGCCUGACAAAGCUUUGGGAGAUAUAUCCAACGCAAUCGUUGGAAGAAAUCGACUAAAGAAUGUAUACUCUUUGAAUGACAAUGUCAUAAACAGUGGUUCUAAAAAUUGUUCUGUCAAUAACAUCAACUACAACAUUGACAACAACAACAACAACAACAAUGUCAACAACUACUAUGUUGUCAACAAUAUUAGCAUCGGGACAAUUAACUUGGAUGGCAACAACACCACGAACAACACUUCGGAAAACACGUCUGAUAGCAGCGGUCUCAAAAGCAUCGCAUUUGACCAUCACUACGCCAGUAAGAACGCAACCUGCAACGAAGAAGUUAGCAUGGAAAAUAACGCCAACAACGAAACUUCAAUUUGGUCUGCUAAUAGUAAUACAAGUACAUUAACAAAUGUUACUGUUAUCCGUAAUAUCAGCGAAAUAUGUGACAACAAAAUGGUUGACAUCAACAACGACGUGAUAAAAAAUAAAAAUACAAACAACGAAAGCAAGAUCAAGAAAAUAAAUAAGAAUAUAACCGAGAAAAACAAAACCAACAGUUCGAACAUUAACAAAAUCAACGAAAACGCACCACCAACUGACGUAAUUGGCAACAAAACCGACAUCCAAAAGAAAAACACCGCAAACUGUGCAAACAGCACAGAGAAUAAUGUGAACAUAAAACUUAGCGAAUGUUUCUUAAACAGCACGAUAAUUUCUUCAGACGAUGAUAGGACGUUCGGCUUGUGGAACGUGUCAUCUAACGAAUCAAAAAGAAUGGAAAAUGACAAUGACGGCGAACAUGGGAUGAAGUUGAUGAGGAUGAAUGCAUUCGUUCGAGAUAGAAUGAAAAUAAUGGCAUUAAAAAAUAAAUAUAUGGAUCAACACGAGGUUAUCCCUCAAAGCAACUAUCGCCAACAUCAACAGCUCCAGUUGCAACAUUACAGAAUCUAUCCUAAUCAACUGUACUACCAACACCAGCUACAACCUUUCCAUCAGUUGUCUCAAAAAUAUUAUCAAUUUUGUCAAAAUGACAAUGCCAUUAAUGCAGGAAUCUGUCACCAAUAUGGAGCGAAAAAUAAACCAGAUUAUGUUCCCAAUGGCGUCAACAGUUGUAACAACGCAAAUGCUAUGAAACGAAACGAAAAUUUAGAAAGAAACUGCAAUCCCAAAUUCAAUGUAGUGACAGCCUGCAAUGGACUAAAGAAUCAUCGCUCAAAACACAAUAGGUCUCAAUCAAUUGAUAGCAACUUGCAAACUUUCAAGAGGAACUUCAACUUAAUGAACAUCGUCAGAAACAUGAAUAAUCUCAACAAAAACCACGUAAAUCAUAAAGUGAAUGUUAACCAUGGCAACGCCAACGAAAAUACAAAAAAAUUUGCAUAUAAUAAAGUUAACCAUAAAACCAGUCAGGAAAACUUUACCGACGGCCAGCCAGCAAACAAAGGCAUCAACAGCCCAACGAAAACAGUAAUACGAACCAAGAAGAUAUCAAAGGACGUCCAACGCGUCUGCAAGUUUCUUAGAAACGGCGGGAAACAUCAGAGCAUCUGCUUGUCGCAAUUAGGAGAUGUUUAA